AUGGAUACACCCAUCAUCACCCCUUCAAAUUGCCAACAGAUCAUCACUGUUCUUCUCCAAAGCAUGAAGGAUGCUCCAAAUGUAGCUGAAAAAGCUUGUGGGGCCCUGUACUUUCUGGCACAGGGUUUUGAAGACGUGGGUCCCUCGUCUCCAUUGACUCCAUUUUUCCAGGAAAUUGUUCAGUCUCUUUUGACUGUGACUCACAGAGAAGAUGCUAACGAGUCUAGAUUGAGAACUGCUGCUUAUGAAACAUUAAAUGAAGUUGUGAGAUGCUCUACUGAUGAAACGAUUCCCAUGGUGUUACAGUUAGUCCCUGUCAUCAUGAUGGAGCUCCACCAGACUUUAGAAGAACAGAAGCUCUCCUCUGAUGAAAGAGAGAAACAGAAUGAGUUGCAGGGUCUUCUGUGUGGGUGUUUGCAGGUGAUCAUUCAAAAACUCGGAGCAUCAGAUGCAACAAGAUACCCCUUCAUGCAAUACACAGAUCAAAUCAUGAAUCUUUUUCUUAGGGUUUUCGCAUCCCGGAGUGCCACUGUUCAUGAAGAAGCAAUGCUUGCAAUUGGAGCUCUAGCAUACGCAACGGGUGUGGUGGGUGAUAUUUGUAGGGCUUUGGAGGAAAAGGUGUUGCCUUGGUGUGAUGGGAUUAUGACUCAGCUUCUUAAAGAUUUGUCAAGCAACCAAUUGCAUCGAUCCGUGAAGCCUCCGAUUUUUUCUUGUUUUGGUGAUAUUUCGCUUGCGAUUGGAGAGAAUUUUGAGAAGUAUUUGAUGUAUGCCAUGCCUAUGCUCCAGAGUGCUGCUGAGUUGUCUUCACAUACUUCAGGUGCUGAUGAUGAGAUGAUUGAGUACACAAACCUCUUGAGAAAUGGGAUUUUGGAGGCGUAUUCAGGGAUUUUUCAGGGGUUUAAAAACUCUCCCAAAACUCAGCUGCUGAUUCCUUAUGCGCCUCAUAUCCUUCAGUUUCUUGAUCUGAUGUACAUGGAGAAAGACAUGGAUGAAGUUGUGAUGAAAACAGCAAUCGGUGUUCUUGGAGAUUUAGCAGAUACUCUUGGAAGCAAUGCGGGUUCAUUGAUUCAACAAUCUCUUUCAAGCAAAGAUUUUCUGAAUGAAUGUUUGUCAUCAGAUGAUCAUAUGAUUAAGGAAUCUGCUGAAUGGGCCAAGCUCGCAAUCUCUCGUGCAAUUUCCGUUUAAGUCCCUCUGCCUGGCAGUACAUAAUAUUAUUUUUUGCUUUUCAUGCAUAUGGUCGGGUCGGGUCGGGUCAUAUCACACCAUUCAUGUCAAGCUGACAAGGGCGAAAUAGUAAUAUCAAGCUAAGGGCUGAUUCUUUUUCAAAUUCACAUCGUGUAUCUCGAUUCAAUCCUCAGAAAGAGUACAUGAAUGAAUGAAUUAGCCCGUGUCAUGUGUCGUCUUGGUGGGGUCCACAGUGGUUUUGGUUGUCUGGGGGAGAGGGGGGGGGGGGGGGGUAUAUUACCUUUUACAUUUGCAUCACAUCAUACAUUUUUUCUUUCCUUUUAUUAUUUCGUUAUAUUUUUUUUAUCUUCUCAUUUUGAGUCUGGGUCACAUCACAUGUGCAUUAUUUAAAGCCAGGUAGGGGGUUGGCCGCAUUACAUUUAGGAAGCUAGUUUUUUUUUUUUUUUUUUGUCAGUCGUCGGUAGGUGUUUUUGAAUUUAUUUGAAAAUACAAUGCAUUCAUGAAAUCAUGUUUGUUUUUUUUUUUUCUGGUCUAAAAACUCGAAGCAUAUAGUUUUCUUUGUCAAAAAUCAUGUGUAAAUCCUGUUUUGGUUCCCGAUUUGUAGAGAGAGAGAGAGAGAGAAAAUGGCAUUUUAUACAGAGAAUGUCACUGCUUGUGAUGAAAGAGAGUUCGUGGGAAUAGAUUUCUUUCAAACUGUUGGUAAGGAGAGAGAUUGAUUGCUUUUUGUAAUUUUGGUUCGGGUUUUAUUUGGAAUCAAAUAUUUGUACUGCUUUUUUGUUUGUUUUCAUGUAUAAACCUUUUCAAGUGUCGACCCU